AUGGCGGUUCGCCUCCGAAACACGGAACUGUUGCUAAGGAACCCGUUCAAGCGAAUAGCUGUUGCAAGAGCAGAAUACGAGUUCUCCGGGCGUGCAAGGAAGACCGUUCGCAGUGAAUCAAGCAGAUUGUUUGACAACAUAUUUACUGUGAUGCUGACGAUCAACAAAAUACCCACUCACCAACCAGCAAAACUGGAGCUACACUGUCAAAGAGCCAUGGAGUUUCCUCCGGCAACGACACAGAAUCCGGUAAAUGGAUUUCGAGGAAAUGUUUACUUCGAGCCUUUACGAAUUGUUAAAUUAUCAACAGAAACCCCAGUUGAAAGGCUGAAUAAGGUUUCUUCCACAAGGAGUUGCCCGGCUGAUGAAAGUCUCCUGACAAGGUGGACUGGGCAUUGGAAUGCCGAGAACCAUUCUUCUCAGAAAAAUAAAUCUCCCAUUUCCAGAUCAGUUGCUGGAUUCCCUCAAAAGCUCGGUAGCCUGAGACAGCUUUCCAUUCUGGACAAGAGUGCAAUUCUAUCAAAACACAAUCAGCAUAUCUCCGAGGACCUUACCUGGAUCUCUGGAUUGGAGUCACUUGGGAGCCUCAUAACAGGAGACCCCAACAGUAAACCCAAGAAAAGAAGCAACUGUGUAAUAAAUAGAUACCAUAAAGGUUUAGUGUGCACGACAAUGAAGAACACACGUGUGUUACCUUUAGUAAAUGCCUCCAAGUACAUUGCUUGUGAUACCUUUGCCUUACAACAAAGAUUUGCAUGAUGGCAUUUCAUCUACCACAAUGGAUCUGUUGAGAAUUUAAAUGAAUGAGCAGCCUCCUUACUUUUGAAUAUUCUACUUUGGAAAAGGAGUGAGUUUUAAUGACUAUUUAAAUUCUGAAGAAGGGUCAUCAGUCUAAAAGGUUAUGUUUUCCCCUCUCCAUGAGCUAAAUAUUUUCCAGCAUUUUUGUUUUUAUUUCAUAUUUCCAAUACUUCAAUGUUCUGUUUAUUAAUGAACUGUCACUUUGGCGAAUAGACAACAUGAUGGGCUGAAUGGCCUCUUUCUGUGCACUGCAGCCUUUCCAUGAUUGUAUGAUUCAACAAUUAAUUAUUGUUUAAAAUGUAUGGAAUAAACGGGGUUGUAGAAUGGAACAUAUACCUAAAUUAAUAUAGGUAUAUUAAUAAUUCUGUAUUUGUUUUAUUUAGAUUUCAAAUAGCAGAAUAAGUUCAAUGUUCAUGCAAUCUGAUCUAGACAGCAGUGCAAUUUGAAUUGAUAAAAUAUUGACUUAAAAUUGAUUUGGCUUUGCUGCAAUUUUCAGCAUAAUGGGCAGCACGGUGGCGCAGUGGUAAAGCUACAGCCUUACAGUGCCAGUGACCCAGGUUUGAUCCUGACUACGGGUGCUUGGUGGUACAGAGUUUAUAUUGGCUCCUGUGAACUGCGUGGGUUUUCCCUUAGAUCUUCAGUUUCCUUCCACACUCCAAAGACAUACAGGUUUGUAAGUUAAUUGGCUUGCUGUAAAUGUAAAAUUGUCCCUAGUAUGUGUAGGACGGUGUUAACAUGCUGGGGUCGCUGGUCUGUGCGGACUCGAUGGGUCGCAAGCCCUGUUUUCACGCUGCAUCUCUAAACUAAAGUAAGCAUAAUGUUUCAGAUAUGGAACACUUUACCAGAACAGGGAAAGAGAGCAACACAUUUGUUUUAGAUAACAAAGAAGGUCGGGGAGGGAUGGAGUGACCGAAGGAAAUGUCCUAUAUCUUCAUCAGUGAAAUGAGAGUGUGGCCAGGGUGGUGUGGGUCCUUGAUGACACUGGCUGUUCUUUUUGAGGCAGGGCCUCCUUUAGAUCACUUUGAUGGUGGGUAGGUCAGUGGAAAAGAUCUUCGGAAAUAUGCAUGGCCAGGAAUUUGAAGUUUUUGACACUCUCCACCAUUGUCCUGUUGAUAUAAACAGGAUUCUUUAAUCCUUCCUCUUCCAAAGUCACAACCAGUUAAUUGGUUUUACUGACAUUGAGAGCCAGCUUGUUGUGCUGGCACCAUUUGGUCAAUCAGUCAAUCUCAUUUCUAUACUCUGUCUCGUCACCAUCUGUAAUUCGUCAACAACGGUGGUGUCAUCGGCGAACAUGAAGAUGGAGUUUGCACUGUGUCUGGCUAUACAGCAUGAGUAUAGAGUGAGUAGAGCAGGGGGCUGAGUACCCAGCCUUGAGGUGCUCCCGUACUGAUUGUUAAUGAGCAAGAAGUGUUUCUGCCAAUUCAAACAGACUGUGGUUUGUGGUUGAGGAAGUCGAGGAUCCAAUUGCAGAGGGAUGCGCAGAGACCCAUUUCAAUGAGCUUGGUAACCAGCUUUGAGGGGAUGAUGGUAUUGAACGCCGAGCUGUAGUCUAUAAACAACAGCCUGACGCAAAUGUCUUUAUUGUUCAACUGGUCCCAUGCAGAGUGGAGAGCCAGUGAGAUGGUAUCUUCCAUUGACCUGUUGUGACGGUAAGCAAACUGUAGUGGG